AACAAGAGAAAGUUUUACGGUUUUACUGAAAUUUAACCCUGAUAAAACAGGUAUAAAUAUCAGGAAUCAAAUCCAAGUAGCAUCCACAAGCAAAAGGUUCUGUUCAAAUAAAGCAUUAGCUAUUAUAUUGGAUUACGAUGAAAUACUUGGCAAUUUUUGCUUUUAUUGCUGUUGCUACAGCACUAAAAUUUCCUUACAAUCCUCAAUUGAAUGAACAUUGGGAAAAUUUCAAGAGAAUCUAUGGAAAAAACUAUGGUAGCAGAGAAGAGUUUUCAAGACGUCUUGUUUGGGAAAGAGCUGUCACAGAUAUCAUAAAACACAACCUUCAAGCUGAUUUGGGUAUUCAUUCUUACAGAAAAGGCAUUAAUGAAUACGCAGAUAUGAGUCACGAAGAAUUUGUAAAGCACUUUAACGGAUUUAAAAGCAGCGGAGUCCGAAGUGGAGAAGGAAGUGCCUGGGUAGAACCCUCUAACGUUCACAUUCCCGACACUGUCGAUUGGAGGAAACAAGGACUGGUCACCCCAAUCAAAAACCAGCAACAAUGUGGCUCUUGCUGGGCUUUCUCUACCACCGGUUCUCUUGAAGGGCAGCACAAAAAGAAGACCGGAAACUUGGUUUCCCUCAGUGAACAGAACCUCGUAGAUUGCUCUCAACCGGAAGGUAACAUGGGUUGUGAAGGAGGUCUUAUGGAUUCAGCUUUCCAAUACAUCAAACAGAACAAAGGAAUUGAUACUGAAGCAUCCUACCCAUACACAGCUGAGGAUGGUCCAAAAUGUCUUUUCACGAAAGCCAAUGUUGGAGCAACUGUUACUGGAUAUGUUGAUAUUCCUACCGGAGAUGAGAACGCUCUUAAAACAGCUGUUGCCACCGUAGGACCUGUUUCUGUCGCCAUUGAUGCAAGCAACUUUAGUUUCCAGCUCUAUCAAGAUGGAAUUUACGAUGAAUCCAGCUGCAGUACUUCUCAAUUGGAUCACGGUGUUUUGGCUAUUGGUUACGGAACUGAAGAUGGCCUAGACUAUUGGCUGGUGAAGAACAGUUGGGGAACUACUUGGGGUAUCCAAGGGUACAUCAAAAUGUCCAGAAACAAAGGCAACCAAUGCGGAAUUGCAACACAAGCCAGCUACCCACUCGUUUAAACUGUGAUAAACUUUACAUGACUGUACACGGAAUUGUUUGUUUGUAUUGUACGUGAACUAAUUAGAAAUUAAUUUUUGCAUGCACAGAAAAAGGGAUGAGAGAUUGAUUUGAUGAAGAAAAAGGUGGAAAAAAGAUCUUAUAAAUGUUAAAAUAAUAUUGUGUAUGUUUUAAAAUAAAAUAUUUUAUGUUCUUAAA